AUGGUUGCAAAGGAUCCACCACCUGAGGGGGGGCCCCUAGAGGGGCCCCCAGCUGCUGCUGCUGCUGCUGCUGCUGCUGCUGCUGUUGCUGGAGCAGCAACAGCAGCACGGCGGAGUAUGCUGCUGCUCGGCUCCGCAAAAAACGAAGAUAGCCACACAGAUAUACCUGCAGCCGCAACAGCAGCAACUGCUGCUGUUGCGUCUGCAGCAGCAACAGCAAGACAAAGCCUCUUGCUGCAGCGCAGGCGCAGCUCCAGCAUCCCACACAGUACAGCAGCAGUAGCAGCAGAAGCAGCAGCAACAGCAGCAGAUACUGCUGCUGCUGAUGCUGCUGCUGCUGCAGACACUCCCAAUGCUGUUGCUGCUGCAGACACUCCCAAUGCUGCUGCUGCUGCAGACACUCCCAGUGCUGCUGCUGCUGCUGCUGCGCCAGUAGUAGCAGAGAGCAGCAAAAAAGAAAAGAAGCAAGCAGCAGCAGCAGCCCAAGCAGCAGCUCCCGCUUGUAGUACAAACGUUGCUGCUGCUGCUGCUACUGGUGCUUCUGCUGCUGCUGCUGCUGUUGUUGUUGAAAGCGGUAGUGCUGCAUCUACUGCCGAUGAGGCUACCACGAAACCUAGUGCUGCUGCUGCUGCUGCCGCUGCUGAUCCUGCUGCUGCUGCUGACAAUGCAGCCGUGUCAGAUACUCCCGUUCCUGCUGCUGCUGCUGCUGCUGCUGCUGCUCGGCUACCCUGCGCUAGUGAUGUUGACGCUGGGGAACCCUCGAGCGAAGCCACGUCCUCAGGACCAGCAGCAGCAACAGCAGCAGCUGCUGCUGCUGCUGUUGUUGUUGCUGCUGCUGCUGCUCCUGCAGCAGCCGAUGAAGCAGCAAAGAUUAAUGCAACAACGCCCACCAUCGAAUGCAACAAUUCAGAUGUCCCUGCUAUCAAACAGCAGCAGAAGCAGCAGCAGUUGCAGCAGCAGCAGGAACAGCAGGAACAGCAACAGCAGCAGCAGCAGCAACAGCAGCAGCAUCAACAGCAGCAGCAGCAGCCGACUGCAUCUUGUGCUACUGCAGCAGCUGCCUCAGCUGCUGCUGCUGCCGUUGCUGGGGCAACAAGGAGAAGCCUCUUGCAACUGAAGUCUGAAAGACAACUCCCUGCUGCUGCUUCUGCUGCUGCUUCUGGUUCUGCUGCUGCUUCUGCUGCUGCUGCUGUUGCUGGAGCAGCAGCAAAGGCGAGGGGAAGUCUUGUGAUUAGGGCCUCCUUGCUGCUUCCGACAGGGGCUUCAAAAGAACAGCAGCAGCAGCAACUGCAGCAGGAGCAGCAACAGCAGCAGCAACAGCAUCAGCAGCAGCAGCAAAACGAACCGCAAGACGAGACACGGCAGCAGAAGCAGCAGCAACAACAACUGCAGCACCAGCAGAAGCAGCAGCAGCAUCAACAGGCGCCAUCACAAGAAAAGCAGCAGAAAAUGCCUCAGCUCGAACAGCAGCAGCAACAGCAACUUCAGCAAUUGCUGCAGCAGCAGCAACAGAAGCAGAAACCGCAGCAGCAACAGCCGCACGCCUCACCAGAGGUGCAGCAAGAAAAGCCUCAAGUGCAGGUUCAGCAGCAGCAGCAGCAGCAGCAGCAGCAGCAGCAACAGCUGAUGCAACAGCCUGUGGAGCCUCCAGAAGCUCCCCAACAGCAGCCGGAGCAGCAGCAGAAGCAGCAGCAGGAGAAGCAGGAGAAGGAGCAACAGGAGCAGCAGCAACAGAAGCAGCGGCAGCAGAAGCAGCAGCAGAAGCAGCAGCAGCAGGAGCAGCCGAAACAGCGGGAGCAGCAGGAGCAGCAGCAGGAGCAGCAGCAGGAGCAGCAGCAGGAGCAACAGCAGGAGAAGCAGAGGCAGCAGCAGAAGGAGGAGAAGGAGCAGCAGCAGGAGCAGCAACAAGAGCAGCAGCAGAAGGAUGAGGAGGAGGAGCAGCAGCAGCAUGAGCAGCCGCAGCAGGAGCAGCAGCAGCAGGCGCAGCAGCAGCAGGAGCAGAAGCAGCAGCGGAAGCAGCAGCAGAAGCAGCAGCAGAGGGAGGAGGAGGAGAAGCAGCAGCAGCAGGAGCAGCAGCAGGAGCAGCAGCAGGAGCAGGAGCAGCAGCUGCAGAAGCUCCAGCAGAAGCAGCAGCAGGAGCAACAGCAGCAGCAACAGGAGCAGCAGCAGCCGCAGAAGCAACAGCAGAAGCGGCAGCAGAAGCAACAGGAGGAACAGCAGGAGCAGCCACAGCAGCAAAAAGAGAAAGUGGAUGAGCCAACGGUGGCGGAGCAGCAGCAGCAAAAACAUCAAGCACCGCAGCAGCACGAGCACCAGCAGCAGCAGCAGCAAAAACAGCAACAACAGCAGCAGCAGCAGCCAGAACAGCAGCAGCAGACACUCCACAGUCAGGAUAAAGAGCAAAAGCAAGAAGCACAGACACGAACCCCAAAAGACAACCGCAAACAGAAGCAACAACCGCAACAGCAGCAGCAGCAGCAGCAGCAACAACAACAACAACAACAGCAGCAGCUGCAGCAGCAGCAGCAGCAGCAACAGCAGCAGCAGCAGCAGAAGCAGCAGCCAGAACAGCAGCAGCAACAACAGAAACAUCAGGAGC